GGGGAAACUUUUUCAACAAAACCGUUCAGGGUAAAUCGAUGGCCACCGAAACUACAAAAUUAGGAUGGGGCGAAUACUUUGGUAUUUAUGCGCCAACAGUUACAGUCACACAGCUGGAGUUACAAACUACUUUCGUCAAAGAUCCUAGGAUAGUUGUUACAUACGCAGUCAAAGGUUGUCGACCACACAAAAUUCCUGACGAUUUAGACAGAUGUGAAUUACCACAAACACUCUCUAUUCAAACAAUUAUACCAACAACAACAGUCGCAAUUUCACAUUCAUCGGUUGCUACAAGUACGUUUCACAGUUCCAGUGAUACAGAUACGAAACCUAUUCCAUCAAGCAUUAACGGUAUUCAAGAAAAUUCGUUGAAAAAUGAUAAUAAGAAAAUACAUCCUAUUAUAGAAAGUUCCACAGAAAAUCUAGCAAAUGAGAAUAUUAACAUUAAGUUACCAACUCAACCGCUUCCAUUGUAAAAGCAAUUGUAAUUUUUACAUUAAUAGUUUUUGCAGCAC